GAUAGUUGUUUACCACCGUUCGUUUUGAUUUUGUUAUCGUCGUUAGCAUUGGCCGUAUCUUAUCCAACGUACUCUGCCAGAAACCAUAUUUGUUUAAUGUUUUGUAUCAGCAAAUAGUCACAAAUAUAACUACGCCAUUUAUUACUGCAUAUUUAAAAAUCCACAUAAAAAAAAAAAACAAAAACAAAACAAUUAAACUCUAUCGCAUUGGAUAAAUUUAUGUGUAUUACGAAAUAAGAAAUGGCAACAUAUUUGAUUAACAAACAUCAUGAAGACUGAAUUUUCAGUCAGGUGGCAUAAGAAUGAUAAGCCUAGUAUGUUGAAUCACAGACAAGUGUCUUAUCAAUCAAUGAAUGGGCUUUCUGAGCCAUUGGGUGCCACUCUGGUUGUCAAAGAAGAGCAUAAAAACAUUCCUCAUUCAAAAAGUAGUAGUGAUGAUGAAAUGAUUGACAUUACAAGUACCGGGACUGCAGGUGGUCAAAAUGCUGAUGAAUUCCCUCAGCAUUCUCAAGGUGUUGCAGAUUACUUCUUAAAAUAUGUUUUUCCUCAACGAUACCAAAACAGAAGUGACUAUGAAAGAUUAAUUACAGGAUCUGGUAUUUUAGAUAAUGAAGAAUUGCCACCCGAAAUUGGACAAUAUGAUGAUUUUCAUACAAUUGAUUGGCAAAGAAAUAUUGCCAGAGAUAGAAUGCGACAUCGACAUAUUAUUAAAAAACGUAUGGAUUCAGUAUGUGAUAUGAUUCGCAGUUUUCAUGAUGCUUGGUCUGGUUGGCUUUGUGUUUUAUUAACUGGAUUAGCAGCAGGUGCUGUUGCUGGAAUAGUAGACAUUGGAACAGGAUGGAUGAAAGACCUGAAGGAAGGCAUAUGUCCUCAAGUAUUUUAUUUAAACAAAGAACAAUGUUGUUGGUCAUCUAAUGAUACAUAUUUUCAAGGAGAUCAUUGUUUACAGUGGUAUAGAUGGCCUGAAGUUUUCGGUUAUGUUGUGGAAGAGCAUGUUGUGGGUGCCUAUAUAAUAUCUUUUCUUAUGUAUAUAGCAUGGAGUUUAUUAUUUGCUACUCUGGCUGUAUUAUUAGUGAAAACAUUUGCUCCAUAUGCCUGUGGCUCUGGAAUACCAGAGAUAAAAACUAUACUUAGUGGAUUUAUUAUUAGAGGAUACUUAGGAAAAUGGACAUUAACUAUAAAAUCAGUGUGUAUGAUGUUAGCUGUAUCUGCUGGACUAAGUCUAGGAAAAGAAGGUCCAUUAGUACAUAUUGCCUGUUGUAUUGGUAACAUAUUUUCUUAUUUAUUUCCAAAAUAUGGCAAAAAUGAAGCAAAAAAAAGAGAGAUACUGUCAGCUGCAGCUGCAGCUGGAGUUUCAGUAGCUUUUGGAGCUCCAAUUGGUGGUGUACUAUUUAGCUUGGAAGAAGUGAGUUACUAUUUUCCACUGAAGACAUUGUGGCGCUCCUUUUUUUGUGCCCUUAUAGCAGCAUUUGUGUUACGUUCAAUUAAUCCCUUUGGUAAUGAUCAUUUAGUCAUGUUUUCUGUGGAGUAUAAAAGACCUUGGAUAUUUAUUGAAUUAGUUCCUUUUAUAUUAUUAGGAAUUCUUGGUGGUGUUGUUGGAUCAAUAUUUAUCAAAGGAAAUAUUCGAUGGUGCAAAUACAGGAAAGAAUCUAAACUUGGACAAUACCCUAUUACAGAAGUUUUGGUUAUAACUCUUAUAACAGCAGUUAUUAGUUAUCCAAAUGAAUUUACAAGAAUGAAUGGCAGUGAUUUAAUUAAGUUAUUAUUUAGUCAAUGUGGAAUUGCUGAUGUCUCUCCACUUUGUGACUACAGCCGCAAAUUUAAUACUGUUAAUGGUCCAGUACAAAUAGCAGAGGCAAACAGUGGUGUAUAUAAAUCACUUGGACUUUUAUCACUUGCACUCAUCUUUAAAUUAAUCAUUACUGUCUUCACUUUUGGGAUAAAGGUGCCUGCUGGUCUAUUUAUUCCUAGCAUGACUAUGGGUGCAAUUAUGGGAAGAAUGGUUGGAAUUGGAAUGGAACAGUUAGCAUUUCAUUAUCCUGAUUUACCAGUGUUUCAAAAAGCUUGUUCAACAGGUGAAAAUUGUAUGACUCCUGGUUUAUAUGCAAUGGUAGGUGCUGCAGCUUGUCUAGGAGGAGUGACAAGAAUGACUGUUUCACUUGUAGUAAUUAUGUUUGAAUUGACUGGCAGUGUAAAUUACAUUGUGCCUUUGAUGGCUUCUGUCAUGGCAAGCAAAUGGGUUGGAGAUGCUUUAGGAAAAGAAGGAAUUUACGAUGCACAUAUUCAUUUAAAUGGUUAUCCAUUUCUUGAUAGCAAAGAAAAGUUUACUCAUACCACACUUGCUGCUGAUGUAAUGAGACCAAAGAGAAAUGAAGGUCCUUUAUGUAUUAUUACCCAAGACAGUAUGACUGUGGAUGAUAUUGAAUAUUUACUGAAGACAACUGAUCAUAAUGGCUUUCCUGUUGUUAUAUCCCAAGAGUCACAAUACCUUGUUGGAUUUGUUCUUCGUAGGGAUUUACAUUUGGCUCUCAUGAAUGCUAAAAAAACACAAGAAGGAAUUGUUGGAAGUUCUAAGGUUUUAUUUGUAAGUCAUGUUCCAAGUCCUUGGACUGGUCCACCUCCUGUUAUGCUACGUAAAAUAUUAGAUCUGGCACCCAUCACAAUUACUGAUCAAACCCCAAUGGAAACAGUCAUUGAUAUGUUUAGAAAACUUGGAUUACGACAAACUUUAGUGAUUCAUAAUGGGAGACUGUUGGGUAUUAUUACCAAAAAAGACGUCUUACGCCAUAUAAAACAACUAGCUAAUCAAGAUCCAGAAUCUGUGCUAUUUAAUUGAAUUAUUCAAAUAUCAUAUUGAUAAAUGAAUUAAUAUUGAAAUUGUUGUUUUGCACUCAAACAACAAAGAUCAUAAUUUACAUAAAUACUGUUCGGUAAGGAUGGUUUUAUGAUUACAAAUAUACAUGUCCAGAACUUUCAAUCAUGAACCUAUAUUUGUGAUUUAUUGUUAACCUUCCCUUUGUCUACUGCAUUUCAGUUAGCAUUUUAGUAUAUUUUUUUAAAGUUUUGCAAGUGUGAAAACUACUUAAAGUGAAAUCUAAAAGUUUUGAAAUGUGAUAAUAUAAUAUGAGCAGAUUAAUUGGUCUUAACAGCUGUAACUUUGGCUGGACAUUUUUAGCUAUUCCCGAAGAAGUUUAAAAAUCUAGGAUACUUAAAAAAUAAUAAUUUUUUUUAAUCAAGAAAUAUAAUACAAUAAUUAAUUUAUGGAAUGAUUAUGUGUGUAUGUAUUAUAUAUAUAUAUAUAUGUAUAUGAGGCAACUUUGUAAAAAUGGUAAAACUUAUAACAUUGAAUUGAAUUUUGCAAUGGUCAAUGUAUAAUACAUUUUGAAAAAUGAACACAAUGAAACUUAAAGUUUGUGUAAGUGGAAAGAGUUUGUAGUUGUUAGGUUCCUGUCUAGUACUUUGAAUAAUGUUAUCAAAUUGGUAACUAUCUAGUCAGAAUAUUUUUGAAUCAUAUAAAGUUGACAGUAGAAUAUAAGGAAGGAAAAAUCAAAUUUUCACGUACAAAUAAUUUUCAUUAUAUAUUGUAGAUAAAAAUUAAUGCGUUUUAAUUUUUGUAAGCAACAUAAAAUUCUUGUUAGUUGUAUAUUUAGUUGUAAAUAUAAUAAUUAAUUGAUGAGAAUAUACUUUUUAAUUAUUUAUGUAAUGCAUAAAAUAGAUACUGAUUUGCAUUAUCAAAAGAAAUGUCCGGUAGAUAACAAUAACAUUUUAAAUAUGUACUCAUACAAAUUAAUGUUAAGAAUAAAAUAAGAACACUUCAGAAUGUGAUAGUAAAUUAUCAUGGACAAUAGAUCGAUUAGAUUAAUAUUUGUUGCAAUUUCUUUAUUGGAAAAACAAAUUAUUGUACAGAUUCAGAAAUAUAUAAACAUUUGUAAAUAUUACUUUUUGGCACAAAAGGAAACAUAUUUAUAAUAGCUUUCAGUAUAUUGUGGAAAUUUUUGUGUCAAUAAAUUUUGUGUUUGUUCUUUAG